CACUGCUUGCUGUCGAAAUGGGCAAGUUCAUGAAACCCGGGAAAGUGGUGCUGGUCCUGGCUGGAUGCUACUCCGUACGCAAAGCCAUCAUCAUGAAGAACAUUGAGGAUGGCACUUCAGACCGCCCUUACAGCCAUGCCCUGGUGGCUGGAAUUGACCACUAUCCCCGAAAAGUGACAGCUGCCAUGGGCAAGAAGAAAAUCGCCAAGCGAUCAAAAAUCAAGUCUUUUGUGAAAGUUUAUAACUACAAUCACCUCAUGCCCACAAGGUGCUCUGUGGACAUCCCCUUGGACAAAACUGUUGUCAACAAGGAUGUCUUCAGAGACCCAGCCCUGAAGCGCAAGGCAAGGUGGGAAGCCAAGGUCAAGUUUGAGGAACGAUACAAGACAGGGAAUAACAAAUGGUUUUUCCAGAAGCUUCGCUUUCAGGUAUAUUUUUGUUUCCAUCAUUAAAAGU